AUGGCCAAAGGUAAGGUCUCGGACGCUGUCAUCGAAGACCACCGCGAGCUCGAGCACUACUACAACAACAUCAUGAACGCCAAGGAUGCCGACACCAAGGAGCGCUGGCAGAAUCAGUUCGUCUGGGAGCUGGCCCGCCACUCCAUUGCCGAGGAGCUGGUCGUCUAUCCGGAGUUCGAGAAGAACUUGCCCAACGGGCACGACAUGGCCGAGAAGGAUCGUGGCGAUCAUCGUGUCGUCAAGGAAAAGCUCUAUAAGUUCCAGAAGCUGAAGGCCGACGACCCUGACUUCGAGCCCACGCUCCGAGACCUCUGGCAGGACCUUUCCGAGCAUAUCAAGGACGAGGAGAAUAACGAUUUGCCAGCGCUCGAGAAGGAGCUCUCGGCUGCAGACUCUGAGAGCGUGGCCAACAGCUUCGAACGCACGAAGAUGUUUGUCCCGACUAAGAGCCAUCCUAGCGCCCCAGACAAACCUCCCUACGAGACCGUAGUAGGAUUGAUGGCUGCUCCCAUGGACCGCUUGAUGGAUAUGUUCAAGAAGUUCCCCAAGGACAAGGACGAGAAGGUGUCCCCAUAA